AUGCAUCUCAGUACCGCCCUCUUUUCUGCUAUCGCGCUCCUUGCUGCCACCCAGGUUAUUGGAGCUUCUGUCGAGGUUCCGCGCGAUGUAGCCGCUAUUCAAAUUGCUACGUCCCCUUACUACGCUUGCAACUGUCCCAAUAACUGCAAGCACAAGAAGGGCUCCGGUUGCAAGUACCAUAGCGGUCCUAGCGACAAAUCAAAGGUUAUCUCUGGCAAAUGCGAGUGGCAGGGCGGCCAGUUGAAUUGCAUUGCUACUUAG